GGCGCGGGAUCCUCCUCCGCCGCAGCCGAGCCGCGCUCCCGCAGCAGCCCCGCCGAGCCGAGCCCACCCCGCCGGGCCCCUCCUCAGCGGCAGGAAGCGGCCCGGCCCCGCGCCCAGGCCCGCCAACCGCCACCGCCGCCAACCGGGCCCAGCCCGCCCCUUCCGCCCCGCCCCGCCUUCCCGCCGCGACAGCAGCGGCGGCCGGCGCGCAGCGAUCGUGUCCCUGUGCUGGGCACGGGGGAGGCCAGACCUCGAAUCCGGGGUCAGCUCUGGGCCCCUCACUGCAAGAAAGCCCUUGAGUAAAAUGUGCGACUGCGUCAGGCUCAGGACGGGUGUCGUUCCUGAGGGCCUGAAGCAACCGCCGGUGGUCGCAGAGAACCCGUUCUCGGAAUGGGCCAGCAGCAUCGGGCUCGGCAGCCUCCAAGACUGGAUCAGGGUCAGGACGGGAGGCAUUCCUGCAGACCAGAGUCAGCCACCCGUUGUGGCCGAGAGCGAAGACUGUGAGCUGCUCUUCCCUCUGGACCAGCUUUGGGACUCCCUUGCCUGGGUGGACAUGUUCUGGCUCAUCUCCAAUGCUGAACAAGCCAUGUGGCUGCUCUGCAUGGUCUGGAUCAGUUCGUCUCUGGAGAAAUGGGGAGAGACCCCAGGGACAGGGGAGGACACGGACGGCCUCAUCUUCCACGGGGACAGACGACUGGAAGUUGUGCACUUGCCGCAAAUACAAAUUGCUCUGCCGGCUGGAGGCCAAAGUCGCCCGGAUGAUCAGGGCCCUGAGGCGUGUCCAGCGCCGCCUCCAGCAACAGAUCCGGCUGCAGCGCGCCAAGAAGGUGGCGAAGGCAAAGGCAAGACGAGGAGAGCCUACUCUGUCUCCUGUGCAACUGCAGCCAGAGCCUGCACCGGUGGAUUUGCAAAAAGAAAGGAGUGUGUGAGGCACCCCAGAAGUCACUUUCAGAGGAUACCAGCUCCCAACAGACUUCAUUUUACACAGAACUAUUUAAUAAACACAAAUAACUAGGAAUGGGGUUUAUCCAAAAUCAUCCAUCACUGUGGCAACAUUAUAAGCAGAGACGUCUGGGAAAACUGCUGGGAGCAGCCCAUUUGCUUGACCUUCUCGCAUUGUUCAAUAAAAUGUGUUGUUCCUGUAACACAUGCCGUUUUGGUACCGUGGGGAUGUAGAGAUGCGGCACCACGAAAGGCAGUGGUGCGAGCCAGGCUGCAGUGUGCGCGCUGCCAGAGCCCGUGCUGCGGGAGAGGCGGGAGAGCUGGGGUGGAAGAGAACGGGCAUCCAUGGCUGUGAGGAGUCUCGGGGUGCCCAGGUUCCAUGAGGAGGGCCCUGCGUCCUGGCUGGGUGUCCAUGUCCUGUGAGGAUCCCAGGGGGGCCCAUGUCCCAGCAAGAUGCCUGGAAGGCACCUAUUUCCCUCUAAGAGGCAAUGGCCGCUGAUUGCCCAGGACCCUGUGGGUCUUGCUGCUCCAUGUGUAAUUCUAGACUAAUCAGAGUCCUCACCGGUUAAGAAUUUUAUCAAACCAAGAGGGAAUUUUUUGCCUUCCUCUUAACACGGGCUACUAAGAGGCUUUAGUGCAGAACAUGUCAUGCCUGCUGAGCCCUGGCACAGCACUGAACAUGGCUAGGAUGGAGCUCUGGGCACAGCUCCUACUGAGUUCAGGACACAGCCCAAAUCACACUGAGCUCGGUUCUGCAGCCCUGCUGGGUUCAGUGUACACCGGGAGUGCCUCAGUGGGAGCAGCAGGCUUCCAAAUCCAGCUGCUCAGGUCCUUCCCAGCUUCACUUCAGCCUUCAUCACCUGCUGUCAUGGUGGGGAAAGGUUCUGUGACGCCACAGAGACUUGUUGAUGUCACAUCGGAAACCCUUGCCAGCUCAGACGCGGGUGGCAGCCACUCGCUCCUGGUGGUCAGUGCAUGAACACUGCUCAGGGGAAUAGCCCCAAACAGUUCAAAAAUUGAGAGGUUUCUGCUCUGGAGAGACCAUCAUGAGCUUCAGACUGGUUUUCUCACUGACCAUGGCUCUCUGCACGGUACCUCUGUUCACCAGUUGCCUUGGCCUUUCCAUCCUCCCCAGCUGGCCGACCUUCUGGACAGAAAAUCUAACUGAAGACCAGACCCAGCCGUCAGUUGUGGCAGAUAGCUCGUUCUCGGAAUGGGCCAGCAGCAUCAGGCUUGGCAGGCUGCACAACUGGGUCCGGGUCAGGACAGGAGGCAUUCCUGCAGACCAGAGUCAGCCACCCGUAGUGGCUGAGAGCAAGGACUGUGAGCUGCUCUGCCUUCUGGACCAGCUUUGGGACUCCCAUGCCUGGGAGGACAUGACCUGGCUGAUCUGCAAUGCCUCACCAGUUGUGUGCCUGCUCUGCAUGGCCUGGAUCACAGUUCGUCUCUGGAGAAACGGGGAGAGACCCCAGGGACAGGUGAGCAAUCGAGAUCGGUCACACAGGAAGGGACUGUGUGGUGGGAGCAGGGAAGCACAGCAGCCUUGGCCAAGGCAGCUUGCAAUGAAAACACAAACCCCAGCGUGGGCAAGGAAGCCUCAGCAGGCCCCGAGAGGUCCUCUGGCCCUUCCCCAGGGACACGCCAAGCCACAGGGCUGAAACCCUCGGGGAGCCCCAGCACAACACGGGACCUGCCAGAGGUUGCUCAGCCCAGAGCCGUCCUGCGAGGCUGGAGCUCCUCCAGAGGAAGCCAAGCCCCGCAGGUCACUUCUCAGACCCUCAAGCCCCCACCCUCUUCAUUGUGCCCCUGGCGCUGUCAUUUCCAGGGGACACAGACGACCUCAACUUCCAUGGGGACAGACAGAUGGAAAGGGGGCACUCGCCGCAAAUACAAAUUGCUCUGCCGGCUGGAGGCCAAAGUCGCCCGGAUGAUCAGGUCCCUGAGAAGUGACAAUCGCCGCCUCCAGAAACUGAUCCGGCUGCAGCGCGCCAAGAAGGUGGCGAAGGCAAAGGCAAGACGAGGAGAGCCUUCUCUGUCUCUUGUGCAGCUGCAGCCAGAGCGUGCACUGGCAGAUUUGCAACAUGAGUCCAGUCCGUGAGGCACCUCAGAAGUCAAUUUCAGAAAGAUACCAGCUCCAAACAGACUUCAUUUCACACGGAACUAUUUAAUAAAAAAAAAACAACUAGAAA